AGGAAAGAAAAUAGCCCAGAGUCAAAUCGUGAGGCGAGGCCAUCGCAAAAGGUUCGGAGGAUGGUCUGAAGGGGUAGUGGAAGUGUCAUAUUUCAAGUGCUGCUUCUCUGUUUUGCACGAGGGACAACUUAAAGCUUAGAUCAUGGAUGCAUCAUAUGAUGGUACUGAGGUAACUGUUGUGAUGGAGGAAAUUAAGGAAGUCUACUGUUACACUUCUCCUGGGCCACCGAAGAAGAAGAAAAAGUAUAAAAUUCAUGGAGAAAAGGCCAAGAAACCCAGGUCUGCUUACCUUUUGUACUACUACGACAUCUACCUGAAAGUGCAGCAGGAGCUCCCCCACCUCCCACAGUCUGAGAUCAAUAAGAAGAUUAGUGAGAGUUGGAGGCUUCUCAGUGUGGCUGAGAGGAGUUACUACUUGGAGAAAGCCAAACUAGAGAAAGAAGGUUUGGAUCCUAACUCUAAGCUUUCCACAGUGACUGCUGUGGUUCCAGACAUCCCAGGUUUCCGCAAGAUCCUCCCUCGCUCAGAAUACAUCAUCAUCCCUAAGAGCAGCCUCCAGGAAGAUCAGAGCUGUGCUCAGCUGGAGCUAUGUGUUGCUCAGAACCAAAUGUCCCCUAAAGGACCUUCAGUUGUGUCCAGCACUGCCCCAGAGACAGUGCCUGGCCACGCGGGCAUAGCAGAGCAAAGCCUGGCUGAGGAGACUCUGGCUGAAGAGGUGGGAGCCCUUGCUCAGCCAGGUGCUGUACAGGAGAUCACCACCUCAGAGAUCCUCACCCAGGAGGUACUGCUGGAGGAGGCUUCCUUGGAGGUAGGGGAGAGCCAGCAGCCUUACCAGACAAACCUGGUGAUUGAAGAGACCUUGCUGAACAGCUCAUCUGAACCCCCCAGUGGAAACCUGACUAUGCCCCGCACGCAGGUUGGGGAGAGUGUGUCGGUGGUAACAGUCAUGAGGGAUUCCAGCGAAAGCAGCUCCUCUGCACCAGCCACACAGUUCAUCAUGUUGCCUGUGCCUACUUACUCAGUUGUGGAAAAUCCUUCCCCCAUCAAACUGACCACUACCUAUACCCGCCGGGGCCAUGGGACUUGCACUAGUCCAGGUUGUUCCUUUACAUAUGUCACCAGGCAUAAACCACCUAAGUGCCCAGCCUGUGGUAACUUCCUAGGAGGAAAGUGGAUCCCAAAGGAAAAGCCAGCCAGAGUCAAAGUGGAAUUGGCUUCAGGCAUUUCCUCCAAAGGUUCUGUGAUUAAAAGAAAUCAUCCGCCUGAGCAGAAUUCUUCCAAGGAAAAUGCCUGCAAACUGAUUCUGGAGAAUUCAGAAGCUGUAAGCCAGCUUUUAAAUGUAGCUCCUCCAAGAGAAGUGGGUGAGGAGAAGGAAUGGGAGGAAGCAAUCACCUCCGAUGCCCAUAUUUUGGUUAAGGAAGCUCCUGGGAUCUGCGGUACAGCAGUCACUAAGACACCAGUUGUCAAGCCUGAAGCCACUCUGGGGACAACUGAGAAGGACAGUUGUGGAGUAGAAAUACCACCAGCAGCAGCUGAGGGUACCAGCACCUCCACCCAACUCCCUGCUCCUAAAAAGCCCACAGGAGUUGACCUAUUCACCACUAGGCCCAGAACCCCAGAGCUUAAAAGCAGAGCCCGAGGCAAGCCCUCAUUACUGGCUGCAGCAAGACCCAUGAGAGCGAUUCUGCCAGCCCCAGCUAAUGUGGGGCGAGGCAGCAGCGUGGGACUACCCAGGGGCAGGCAGGCCUUUUCCCUGAGUGAUAAGACUUCCUCUGUCAGGACUUGCGGCCUGAAGCCAAGCACAUUGAAGCAGCUGGGCCAGCCUAUGCAGCAGUCAUCUAGCACUAGUGAAGUGAAGCUACCGAGUGGCCCAAACAAUAGAACGUCCCAGGUGAAGGUUGUAGAGGUCAAGCCUGAUAUGUUUCCUCCAUAUAAGUACAGCUGCACCGUCACCCUGGAUUUGGGCUUGGCUACGUCAAGAGGCAGGGGAAAGUGCAAGAAUCCUUCUUGCAGCUAUGUCUAUACUAACCGGCACAAACCUCGGAUUUGUCCUAGCUGUGGUUUUAACCUUGCCAAAGACCGGACUGAGAAAACCACCAAGACUCUUCAGGAGGUGAGUUCUCCACUCCCAGAUGGACUGAGUGCAGCGCAAAGGGAGAUUCAGCGCCAGUCCACGCUGCAGCUGCUGCGCAAAGUCUUGCAGAUUCCUGAGAAUGAGUCGGAACUGGCCGAGGUCUUCGCCUUAAUUCAUGAACUCAAUAGCUCUCGACUGAUCCUGUCCAACGUGAGUGAGGAAACAGUCACCAUCGAGCAGACCUCUUGGUCGAAUUAUUAUGAGUCCCCAUCCACGCAGUGCCUUCUCUGCAGCAGCCCAUUAUUCAAAGGGGGACAAAACUCCCUGGCUGGACCCCAGGAGUGCUGGCUGCUAACAGCUAACCGGCUGCAGGUGGUGACUGCUCAGGUGAAGAUGUGUCUGAACCCCCAUUGUCUGGCUCUGCACAGCUUCAUGGACAUCUACACAGGGCUCUUUAAUGUGGGAAACAAGCUGCUAGUAAGCCUGGACUUGCUGUUUGCAAUCCGAAACCAGAUCAAACUGGGAGAGGAUCCCAGAGUAUCCGUCAGUGUUGUACUGAAGUCCGUUCAGGAGCAAACAGUGUCUUCCUGUGACCUCAGUGUUCCUGCUGUUCCUCCAGAAAAGACUGUUACUUCAGAGGAGCUGAGCCAGCUGCAAGAGCUGCUGUGCAAUGGCUAUUGGGCUUUCGAGUGCCUCACUGUCCGAGACUACAAUGACAUGAUUUGUGGCAUCUGUGGUGUGGCCCCCAAAGUGGAAUUGGCCCAGAGGAGUGAAGAGAAUGUGCUAGCACUGAAAAGUGUGGAGUUUACCUGGCCUGAAUUCCUGAGUUCCAGUGAGGUGAAUGUGGAGGGCUUUUGGGCCACAAUGGAGACUGAGGUUAUUGAGCAAGUGGCGUUCCCUGCCAGCAUCCCUAUCACCAAAUUUGAUGCCUCUGUCAUUGCCCCCUUUUUCCCUCCACUCAUGAGAGGAGCUGUGGUCGUCAACACUGAAAAAGACAAAAACCUGGAUGUGCAGCCAGUACCUGGCAAUGGCAGUGCCUUGGUGCGGCUCCUCCAGGAAGGCACUUGCAGGAUUGAGGAGAUUGGCUCCUACAGUGAAGAGGAGCUGCGGCAUCUGCUGGGGCAGUGUGACAUCCCUUUCACAGCAGAAGACUGCAGGGACCAGCUCUGCUUCUCUUUAUUGGCCCUCUAUGAAUCUGUGCAGAAUGGAGCCAGAGCUAGACAGACCCCACCGCAUCUUACAGGGGGUAAAAUCUACAAAAUGUGCCCCCACCAGGUGGUUUGUGGUUCCAAGUACCUUGUUCGAGGUGAGAGUGCCCGUGACCACGUGGAUCUGCUAGCCUCUUCCCGCCACUGGCCACCUGUCUAUGUGGUAGACAUGGCUACACCCGUGGCCCUCUGUGCUGACCUUUGCUACCCAGAACUGACCAGCCAAAUGUGGGGGAAGAACCAGGGCUGUUUCUCUAGUCCUACAGAGCCACCUGUGACUGUGUCCUGCCCCGAGCUCUUGGACCAGCAUAAUUCUGUGGAUGUGACAGAGGCUGAACACUCUGUCCAGCACCCAGUCACCAAGAGUGUUAUGCGGCGCAUCGUCCAUGCAGGCACACAGCCUAGUCCUGGUGACCCCAGUGCUGGUCACCACUCCUUAUCCCUGUGCCCUGAGUUGGCACCCUACACAUCUAUCCUAGCCUCCAUUACGGACAGCAAAUCAAACAGUGUCCGCCAGCGUCCCAUUGCCUUUGACAAUGCCACUCACUAUUACCUCUACAACCGCCUCAUGGACUUCCUCACCAGCCGUGAGAUUGUCAACAGGCAGAUCCAUGACAUUGUGCAGAACUGCCAACCUGGUGAAGUGGUCAUUCGUGACACCCUCUACCGCCUUGGGGUUGCUCAGAUCAAGACAGAGCCCGAGGAAGAGAUGGAGGAAGAGGAGGCGACCUCAGCGGCAGAAUAAGCUAGGUUUUGUACAGGGACUGCAUCAUCUCUCAAGCCAUAGUACAGCCUUGCCCAAGGCAGAUCUGUCCAGGGACCUGCAGAGGCAGUCACCUGUGGGCAGGGUCUCUGACUGCUGGGGCUGACCAAAGAGCUUCCAUUUCCUGAACACACCAGAGCCCAGAGUCCAUGCUUCUCUGCCCUCUGGGGCUCAGGACAGGGGUUGGGAAAUCCCUUACUGGCCCUGGAUGAGCGCUGUGGGAGCUAGUACGGUUAAGGAGGGGAAGGAAGCUGAGGGAAAGGCUGGUCACCAGCGCCCCGAGGCCUAUGCAGGUGGGGUGGAGGUCCUGGGGUGGGCCGAGGCAGGCUCCACACUAGGUGAGGUGUCUCUUCCACCUGGGGAGCCUGGGCCAGACCUAGAGCCCCAUGAGCUCUUUAGCCUGUCUGUUGCCUCUGACCCCAGACGAGGUGGCCUCGUUCCUGUUAGACAUCCCUUUGGGCUCUUGAUUCUUCCCAAAGAGGGAUACAUUUUUCUCCAGGUCUUCCUGUACCACAUUUGAGGGAAGCUUAGAAGGAGAAGUGGUCAACCACAGCUUUCUUCCAGGACUGUCCUCUCGAGCUUUGGGGAAGAUGAUCCCCUUCCUCCUCUCCCUGGCCACUGCUGCUGUACCUUACAUCCCUCUGGGCCCUGGGAUCCUCACCACAGAGGGGCUGUGGCCCAUGGUCCUGUGAUGUAACCUGGCAGCAGUAGGAAAACUCCCUUCUGUGAAGGGGAAGCAGACUGGGCCAUAUGGGAACAGCAGGGCUGGCUCAAGUGCCCAUGGUUUGCUUAGGGCCCAGGAACAGGCCAAGUGUUUAAUUUAUUGAUAGAAGUGAAGUAGGUGGCUGUCCCCUCCCCCCAACAAGAAUAAAGUUUAUUAAAUUAUCUGGUUUUGAUGAAGCAA